AUGGGACAGCAGCAAUCUUCACCAGGAGGGUCUUCACAGCCUCCAAAAGACCCGCAAGAGAAGAACUUGAAUCUAAAGAAAAAGAAGAGACUUAGAGGCCCUGAAACGCUUUCCAAGUUACCCCAGGUACUCCCGCAAACCAAAUGCAUGCUCAGACAGUUGAAGCUAGAGAAAAUAAGAAACUAUCUUGUGCUGGAAGACGGCAUACUCUCGUACCAGGCAGCCACGAACAAAGAAGGCGAAGGCACUUUUACUUCUGAAAGAGCCGCAGUCGACAAAUUCAGAGGGUAUCCCAUGAACUUAGGAACUCUUGAAGAGUUCAUUGAUGAAUCACACGCCAUUGUCAGCACAAGCUCAGGCCAGGAGUACUAUGUGCCCAUUUACUCGUUCGUAGAUAAGGACUCUCUUGAGCCAGGAUGCACUGUCCUGUUAAACCACAGAGAAAGCGGGGUAGUAGGCGUGCUGGAAGGAGAAACUGAUCCUCUGGUUAGUGUGAUGAAGUUGGAGAAAGCCCCAGUGGAGACAUACGCAGACAUUGGAGGACUAGAAGUGCAGAUACAGGAAAUAAAAGAGGCCGUUGAGCUGCCGCUGACUAACCCCGAGCUGUAUGAUGAAAUGGGAAUAAAGCCGCCAAAGGGCGUAAUUCUGUACGGGGAGCCGGGAACAGGGAAGACUUUGCUCGCUAAGGCAGUGGCUAACCAGACAUCAGCGACCUUUUUGAGAAUAGUUGGCUCAGAGCUGAUACAGAAAUAUCUGGGAGAGGGUCCCAAGCUCGUUAGAGAGCUGUUCAAGGCAGCAGAGAUGUACGCCCCUACGAUAAUAUUCAUUGAUGAAAUAGACGCGAUCGGAGCGAAGAGAUACGACACUAACUCCAACGGAGAGAAAGAGAUAGAAAGAACUAUGCUGGAGCUACUUAAUCAGCUGGAUGGAUUUGACACGUCGUCUGAUAUUAAGGUGAUCAUGGCUACUAACAGGAUAGAAAGCCUGGAUCCUGCGUUGAUCAGACCGGGCCGUAUUGAUAGAAAAAUAGAGUUCCCUGUGCCUGAUAUCCAGACAAAGAGAAAGAUAUUUGGCAUACACACAACGAGAAUGACUCUUUCGAGUGAUGUUGUGCUAGACGACAUGAUAGGCACGAAUGAAGACCUAAGCGGGGCAGACAUCAAAGCCAUCUGCACGGAAGCAGGCAUGCUGGCUCUGAGAGAGAGAAGGAAACAGGUUACCAUGCAGGACUUUGCAAAGGCCAAGGAAAAGGUGCAGGCAACCAAGCUCGAAACCAUUCCCACGUCGUUAUACGCAUAG